AUGUUCUUCUGGUUGGUCCCGACAAUGAUGUCCUGUGGUUUCAGUGAGCCACUGAGAAAUCCCAAGUUCACCGAACGAGCUAUCGAUGUCAGUUGUUCUCCUGGAGCACAUUCGCAGCCUACAGUGGAAGAGAAUAUGGCAUCCUUUCUCAGCGUUGGCUGGGGUUUAAUGGCUGACAUUGACAUUGAGAGCGAGCGAUGGCGAAAGUCACUUGGAUCCAAUCGAUUCGUUCUUGGAGGUCUUAUCCGAGCUUUG